ACGCGGCGGCGGAAACGGCGGCGGCGGCUGCGCGAGGCGGGCAGCAAGGUGACCGGAGCGGGCGGCGGGGCCGCGCCGAGCCGGAGGCCGCGCCAUGGGCAUCCACUUCGGGAACCUGGCGCGGGUGCGGCACGUCAUCACCUACAGCCUCUCGCCCUUCGAGCAGCGCGCCUUCCCCAACGUCGUCUCGCACGGGCUGCCCAACGUGUGGCGGCGCUUCAGCUCCCAGGUCUUCAAGGUGGCGCCCCCCUUUGUGUUAGCCUACCUCCUUUACUCCUGGGGGACACAAGAGUUUGAGAGACUGAAGAGGAAGAACCCUGCUGACUAUGAAAAUGACCAGUAAACGAGUUAUUAUGGAGACUUUGCCUUGCUGUAUUAUCGACUUCUUGUUCUGAAGUGUGUUCAUAUGACUAAAAAAGCUAUUAAUGGUGAGAUAAAUCUGUAAUAAACUUUAACUCUGUCCUCUGCAA